AUGGCAUACUCGGGGACAACCGGAGCAGUUACUGGAAGCACUACACCGGCGGCUAGUACCAGUACAUUGCCGGCGAAUGUUUCCGAACCCGCAACCGUACAAGUUAGCAUUCCAUCUUCCCAUGCUGCUUACCCGGCUUCCUCUUCGUCCCUGGCUUUCCAACAAAGCGUUGUGCUGGCGCUGGAGGCCCCUGCUGCUGCAGCCGGAGAUGCGGCUUGUCCGAGGACGCGCAGACCGAGAAUGGCCGCCGCUGACCCUGAAGGUUCGUUCCAAGGCACGCCGAUACAAAUGCCGCCACAGCAAAAUGUUCAGGCGACGUCUCCACCACCGGUGGCAGCAGCUACUGGGUUUGAGUCCCAGCCGACGGCGGCGGUUUACUCAAUGGCUCAGGGAAGUGGGUUAUUAAGAACCAGAGGGAGACAAUAUGGUUCAAGCGGUAGAAGGCCCCAACCUGAUGUUCAAGAAUCUGGAUCUUCAGGCAGCAAAUUGACUGCAUCUUUCCUAUAUGUCAAACCAGGAGAGGAUAUAUCAGCGAAAAUCUUAGACUUUUUCAAGAAUUCAAAUGCCACUGGCAUUAGUGUCUUGUCAGCAACUGGCAUCAUAUCAAGAGUGACGGUCAAUCAAGCUGCAUCAGGAAGAACCGCUACAUUUGAGGGUUGGUUUGACAUAUUGUGCCUCUCUGGUUCAUUCUCAAUGGCUGACGCUGGAGGACAGAGAAGCAUGAUAGGUGGUUUAAGCAUAACGUGGGCUGGACCUGAAAACCGAUUUUAUGGCGGAUGUGUUGCUGGCCCUCUAAUUGCAGGAUCACCUGUUCAGAUUGUCAUCGGAAGUUUUGCGGCAGAUGGCGGCCGGCCAAUAUCAACAGACGGCGUAGAACCUCCUCCUCCUCCUCCGCCUGCUCAAGCAUACCCUCCUUCUGGUUUUGGUGCAAGUAGUAGCUCGCAACCUUUUGGGACUCCUCUCGGUGGAUCUUCUAGCAAUUAUGGCAGUUCCAUCUUUAAUCGUUAUGGCAAUCCAUAUAUGCGAUAAUGUUUGUGUACUUCCAAAUUAAGGAGAGGAAAACCUAGUUGUUAGGUGACAUAGAUUGAGUGUCAGUAAUCCUAGCAUUGGAGUUCUCUUGUGCUGUCAUCCUUAGUUGAAGUUAAUACAUUGUUAAAG